AUGAGUGAUUUUGAUUUGGCAAGGUAUAUUAAUGCACCCGAUUCUUCACAGUCAUCUGUAAUUGAGUCUUCGAAGGCUGACGAAGAGCAAGUUCAGACACGGGAAAACGAUGGCCAGUACCAAUAUAUAACUUUAAACUCAAAAAUAAAAGAUUACUCGAAAAACACAACAGAAGAGCAUGUUCUGAACAUUCCGGUGACGUACAACAGGCCUGUGCCUUUGAAGGAAAAACUUCCAGUAAAUAGGAAUGAUGAUGUGCUCUAUAAAGUUUUCUUAUUGCUGUAUGAGCACGAUAAAGACAUAAAUAUGCGGCAUCCGACUGGCUACCAACACCAAGAAGGGAUGACGGUUAAGCAAUUAUGCAAUCAACUAGUCAAGCAAGAUCCAUCACUCUUGAAGAUAUCAACAAAAUUGUCUAAUCUCGUCUCUGCUAAACUUAAUGCAUACAUAAAAAGGCUCGAAAAGGGAGAACUGAUUUUAACGUACGGCCUAUCUAGGGAAUGGUCUAAUUCGUCUCCCAGAAGAAUGUUAUACUCAUACAAAGGCGUUUUAGCAGAUAAUUAUCAAAAGUAUACAUCCAGUGCUAUCAAUAAACGAAUAAUACGUCAACAGCAAAUGCACCAGUUUGAGAGACUUCAACUUAAGCACAGUCAAAGUGCACACAACCUGAUACAAGCUCAGAGAGAAGAAUAUAAUCACACGCCAGUACAUAUGGCAUCUACACCAACGUUCGUUCCUGUAUCAAACAGAAAAAACUCAAUACAAAAUGAUCCAAAAUUGGGGCAAAAUCAAGAAAUUAGCAACGAUAUCAUGAAUACAUUCGAACAAUUAAAUAAAUACCUCGAUCCAUUAAAGACUUCAAAUGCGCCAUUUGAAGAGCAAGGCUCUGAAACUAAUAAAGAUAGACCAGCCGAAGAUAAUUUUGAAUUUCCUAAAAACCAAGAAUACGAAAUUCCUUAUUAUGUCUCACCAAUUCUAGAAUCAAGUAAUUAUCUCCAAGAAAUGGCACCCAUUAAAACUGAAACGAAUGAUACUUUUACUAAUCCUAAUUUAGAUGCUUAUCGUCAAAUAUCAAAGACGACUCCUUCAGAAUCAUCUUUCUCUUCAAGAAAUACAUAUACUGCAGUUAAUACUUUAGAUAAUGAGAAGAUAUCAAGUAACUCAAAAAAAGGAAACGGGUAUUUGAAGCAGAUAGUGAACAAAAAAACCAGUACAUACCGACAGAACUGUCUUCCUCAGAAUUGUUUUGCUCAAGCUAUGGUUACAUUAGGUGAAGAAACAGGCAAUAUUUCAAACAUAUCUAUCAACAAUGAAGUUUCUUCCAAUGGAGAAAAUGGUUCAGGAAACACUUUCACCGCUAACAAUGAUGGCGAAAACGCUUCAAUUGAAUACCAGAAUAAUCCUUCUGAGUAUGUUACUGCUGCUGCUGCUGCACCAAAAAUCCCCAUUUCACAUAAUAUAUUAACAGGUAAACGAGAAAGUCUAGGACCUGAAUACUUGAAUAUAUUUAACUUGGAUGACCUAUUAUCUCAAACACCAAUCAAUAAGCUCACUGAAGAUAUUAUCGAUGUCAACAAAGAGCCAGAACACAUUCAAAACCAAAUAUUACCACUAAAUCAGAACUUCAACAUCAACAUACCACAUACCAACAGCAACACAAGCAUCAACACUUUACAGAGGGCAAAUUCAAAGGAUACUGAUUUCGGUUGGCACCAUGAUCUAUAA